AUGAUCGCCAGCACGACACUGCUACCAGCAGACACUUCUAUAGAGCCAUAUGGAUCACAUAUGAACAAAGAAGAUGCGAGAUCCGAGACACCAUCUCAACUUUACGAUAUUAAGGAAUGCGUUGGAAAAGGAAGUUUUGGCGAUGUUUAUCGCGCAGUCGAUAAGCAAAGUGGAAAUGUUGUCGCCAUCAAGAUCAUCAAUCUGGAAGAAACUCAGGACGACAUAGACAUUUUGGCUCAGGAAAUAUACUUCUUGUCAGAGCUAAAGGCCCCUUUUAUUACAAAUUACAUCCAGACUUUUGUGGAGGACGUCUCCAUGUGGAUUGUGAUGGAAUUUUGCGGGGGAGGAUCUUGUGCUGAUCUUCUGAAACAUCUCCCUGAACACAAAUUUCCUGAACACAAAGUUGCGUAUAUUAUAAGGGAAGUACUUUGUGGCCUUGAGUACUUACAUAGCCAAAAAAAGAUCCAUCGUGAUAUCAAGGCAGCUAAUAUUUUGGUCACGAACGAUGGCGAGGUUAAGCUGGGUGAUUUUGGAGUAAGCGGUCAAAUUAUGGCCACUUUGAAGCGCACUACCUUUGUUGGAACACCAUAUUGGAUGGCACCAGAAAUAAUUGCUAGAAGAGACAACGGUUAUGAUGAAAAGGCAGACAUUUGGUCAUUAGGAAUAACCGUCAUAGAACUUCUGACCGGCCAGCCGCCCUACGCCAAGCAUGACCCAAUGAAAGUAUUGUUGAACAUACCUCUCAGGAAGCCACCAAAAUUGCAGGGCCGUUUUACUAGUCCAGCUCGAGAUUUUAUCGCACUUUGCCUGACCAAAGAUCCACAAUCACGUCCAGAUGCAGCUGAACUUUUGAGCCAUAAGUUUCUCAAUAGACCGACUUGGCGCGGUAUCGGAACAUUGAAGCGUGAAGUUGAUCUUGUCAAGAUUUUGAAAAUACGAACGAAUUACAUUAAACAGCCUCGCUUUUUGGUUUCCGACAAGGUGUACGCAACGGGUGCGAGUUCACAUCUACAGAGCUGGAACUUUGAGAAAACACAGAGACUUGAUGUCAAGAAGCACAAGUACCAAAGUCGGCAGCAAAUGAAGCACCCAGAAAUCAAAUCGGCAGCACUGGAACAAAUGUCUCCAAAGACUGAAAAAAGUCCCAUUUCUGCAAUGCAAAGCGCUGAUAUUAAUACUCCAAUGGCGAUCACUCCAAUGACGAACGCUACAUCUCCAAGUUUGAGACACUAUAAUCAAGAAAAGGACUUUGAUGUCUCCAUGGGACUUCAUGAAGGAAAGGUUGCAAAGAAACAUACUCAGCAAAUUGCAGACAAAGGACUCAAUUACUAUAGGCAUAUUAUUCUUUACAGCUUUGAAAGGAUCUUCGAGAGGGCGCGCUCAGAGGACACGAAACUCGUUGUGAAUCGCUUAAGACAUCUCUUCGAAGAAGCUGAAAAAUCACAACCUGGAUUAAGCGAAGCUUUUGUCGAAGAAGUUUACAUCAGGAUGGAAGAGAUCAAAAACUACAUAGUAGAAACGUCUAUUUAA